AAGAUAACAACGCUGCUGGACCCCUGCCCCAGAUGAUCAAGAUACACACAAUGACCAUCGAUACAGAACGAAUACUAACAUGAGACAAUAGCGAUACGAAACACAAAGUUCAAGGUUACAGACGUGCUUCUGGCCAACGAGGCCAUCUUCCGCGGAGGUGGCCAGAUCAUCCCCACAUCUCGCCGAGCAUGCUAUUCUUCCUUCCUCAUGGCAUCGCCUCGCCUUAUGGAGCCUGUCUAUUCAGUCUCUGUGACAGGACCUGAAGAGUCAUACAUGGAGGUUUACAACGUGCUUUCACGUCGUCGCGGCCAUGUUCUAUCGGAUGGUCCUGUUGCCGGCACGCCGCUAUAUCGCGUCAACGGAUUGCUACCAGUCAUUGAUAGUUUCGGUUUUGAGACAGAUCUGCGAAUCAAGACUCAGGGUAGCUCCAUGGUGAGUCUUGUGUUUGACAGCUGGAGUAUCGUGCCUGGUGAUCCUCUCGAUCGCGAGCAGAUCAUCCGCCCCCUCCAGCCUGCUACCGCACAAGCCACCGCUCGCGACUUCGUCCUCAAGACACGAAAGCGCAAGGGUCUCAGCGAAGACGUUAGCGUCAAGACGUUCCUCGAGCCCGAAUUCUACCAGAGCCUAAUGGAAAGCGGAAUGCUGGGGGAGAUCUAGAGCACUGAAAAAGUCCAGAUGGUUUAAUGCGAGAGGCAGGGGUUCAACCUGUGAAACAAGGGUUGCGUGGGCAAGCUCCUUCAAGGAUCUUGUUGUAGCUUAACCCCAAAAGGUCGGGAUCUUUUGCUAUAGAAAAUAUAUAGUCAUAGACUAGGGCUUGGACAACGUGUGUUUUGCUACAAGGAUGAAAGUUGAAAGAUUGGU